AUGGACCCGCCAAACGAAAGUGUCAGACCUGACACAGUCGUCCCGUCAGAUGGCUCGUCCCAACAACCGAACACCAAUGGUGACGGUCAGAUCGCGUCGGUCGAUGCCGUUCCGUCGCCACAUUCACAGCCACCCAUCGCUUCAGAGCCCUCCUCGCAACUCCUCAAUCUACUCGUCAACCGCAAGCGGAAGAUCAUCGAUUCCGACGGCAGCGAAGGUGAUGUUGGUAGCGUCGUCUACGAGGCUAAGCGCGUCCAGGGCUCUCGGAAACGCGCAAACGUGGCUGAUGCUUCAACACGCUCGGAUCCGGCUCAAGUCAACAACUCUGCUUGGCCCUGUCACUCGACCACUUCUCUCAGCAAGACCUCCGCGGCCGAUCAUCCCACAACUCGCGACUUCUCCAAUGUCAGGGUUAAGAUUCUUGGCCGAGGUAAUGAGAAAUCCAAGGAGAUGGGUUGGCACACACUGCAUACGGAAAACAAUCAGCAUGGCAUGGACGCUGCGAUCAAGGCUGACCCGUUCACUGUUAACAUUAUCGCCGAUGGUCCGAAAGUUCAACGUCAGACAUUGACUCGUCGUUUCCGAGACUUCUCGGUGCUUAGCGAAGUGAUAAGAGGUGGCAUCAAGAAGAUGAUGACCCAGGCUGGCGGCACUAUUCAUGAAUCCGCGGGUGAGAACGGUGAAGGAAAAGGCAGAGACAAGCAGCAGGAUCAGUUCGCGAAAGCUGUACCGAUCCGCGUGGUACCGGAAAACUGGAGCAUCACAAGCAAUGACGUUGCAGAGACCAGCUUCUGGUAUGAUAUUCUCAAGAUCAUCGAUGGUAGCGAGGAGCGUCCGUUCAGGCCGUUGGCGAAAGUCCCUCGAGUAAUCCGUGAUCCUCUGGACGGGAUGUCGAUCGAUCGUUGGUGGAAAGCUAAGUAA